AUGUCACCUUAUAAAGCCCAUGGUUCGGAUGGAUAUGGACCAAUAUUUUUCCAACAUUACUGCCCAAUUAUUGGCCAAGAUAUAUGCAAAGCCAUUAGAGAUAUUUCUGUUAUAGAAGAUUUGAAUAUUACAGUAGAUCACUUCAUUACUCUUUCGCGUACAUGGGAUGAACAUGCUUUAGCUUUGGUGGUUCCUCCUUCAGUAGUUCAAGUCACCAAAGUUGUUGGACUAUCGUCCCUGAAAGAACUCUGGGAGAAUGUGCCACCAUCAUGGAAUGCUUUUCGUGAUCCUUGUGGAGAUCACUGGGAAGGAAUCGUCUGCAAUAAUACCCGUGUGAUUUCUAUUUGUCUCAUAACUUUAUCAAGCAUUGGACUGAAGGGAAAACUGUCAGGUGAUAUCCAGCAGUUAUCUGAACUACAAACUCUGGACCUGUCCUCUAACAAGGAACUGACUGGCUCUCUUCCUGAAGCAAUUGGGAGAUUAUCAAAGCUCACAAACCUGAUCCUGGUUGGCUGCAAUUUCAUUGGCAAAAUUCCAGACAGCAUAGGAUCUCUGUCAAAUCUGAUAUUCUUAUCACUGAAUUCUAAUAGUUUCAGUGGGCCUAUCCCGAGUUCAAUUGGCAAUCUUUCUAAGCUCUAUUGGCUGGAUCUAGCUGAAAACAAGCUUACUGGAUCAUUGCCUGUAUCAAAUGGGACUAGACCUGGUUUGGAUAUGUUGCACAAUUGCAAGCACUUUCACUUUGGAAGAAAUCAACUUUCUGGUGCGAUUCCGCCUCAGCUACUCCAUGCAAAUAUGACUGUUAUUCAUAUGCUUCUGGAUAACAAUAAACUUACAGGAAGCAUCCCAUCGACAAUAGGUCUAGUGAAUAAAAUGGAGGUCAUUCGACUGGAUUGGAAUUCGUUCAGUGGGUUUGUCCCUUCCAACAUCACCAAUCUUACUCGUGUAACUGAUUUGCUUUUUUCUAACAACCAACUGACUGGCCCUAUGCCUGACCUUACUGAAAUGAGCGGUCUCAAUUACUUGGACAUGAGCAACAAUAGUUUUGAAACCUCAGAUGUUCCAUCAUGGUUCACCACCUUGUCAUCUUUGACUACUCUAAUAAUGGAAGCGACUCAAAUUCAAGGUGAUGUUCCAGAUACAUUAUUCAGCCUCCCUCAGUUACAAAAAGUGGUAUUGAAGAAGAACAGGCUGAGUGGCAUAUUGGAUAUUGGUGAUAGCCGCAGCUCACAACUUCGGGUUGUUGAUCUGCAAAACAACAAUAUUUCAUCUUACACUCAAAGACCCAAAAACAGUGAUGUCCAACUAAUUCUGGUUGGAAAUCCAGUUUGUUCAGACACCGUCACAACACAGAGAUAUUGCAUUCUACCUCAACAGUCCAAUGUCUCAUAUUCAACACCAAAAAACUGUGCUCCUGUAUGUGAUUCAAAUAAAGUUUCCAGCCUUAGUUGUCACUGUGGCUAUCCGUACACUGGGAUUUUGGUAUUUAGAGCCCCAAAAUUUUCAGACUUGGAAAAUGUAACUUACUAUAAGGAUUUAGAAAAUACACUUAUGACAAGCUUUAAAUCCUAUAAAAUCCCUGUUGAUUCGGUGUCUCUAAGUAAUAUAAACAGGGCUCCUUCUAAUUAUCUUGAAAUGACCUUGCAAGUUUUCCCUCUUGACCACGAUAGAUUCAAUAGGACCGCGAUAUCUACUGUAGGCUUUAUGCUCAGCAACCAGACCUUUAAGCCGCCACCAGAUUUUGGACCGUUCUAUUUUACUGCUAAUGGCUAUACAACCUUUGCAGAACAAUCUGUACCUGGAUCGAGGAAGAUAUUAAGCAUGACUGCCAUCAUUGCAAUUGCUGUUGUAGGCGCUGCAGUUCUUCUAGUACCAUUAUGUAUUGUAACUAUCAUUUGUUGCCGUAAGAAGAGAUCUAUCAAAACUGUGGAUCCAGACAAUACUUUCGCUGCAUCUUGGAUGUCUCCUGGAAGCACCACUAGCACAUUGCCGCUGGCAGGAUCAAGGGUAUUUCCUCUUGAAGAGAUAAAAAAGAUGACCAAUUAUUUCUCAGAAGCCAAUGUCAUUGGGUCAGGGACCUAUGGGAAGGUUUACAGAGGGACACUUACAAAUGGCCAGCUAGUUGCUGUUAAAAGAGCAGAGCAAGGUUCACCACAGGGUGAUCUUGAGUUCAAAACUGAAGUGGAGCUUCUAUCAAGAGUUCAUCAUAAGAACCUUGUUAGACUGUUUGGUUUCUGUUUGGAGAAAGGAGAACUCAUAUUGAUCUAUGAGUAUGUACCAAACGGCACCUUGAAAGAGAGUCUCUCAGGAAAAUCCGGAAUAAGGUUAGACUGGAGGAGAAGAAUCAAGGUAGGGCUUGGUGCGGCAAGAGGUCUAGCAUACUUGCAUGAACUUGCCAGCCCACCAAUUAUACACAGGGACAUCAAGUCGAACAACCUUCUCCUUGAUGAACACUUAAAUGCAAAAGUUUCUGACUUUGGUCUAUCCAAGCCUCUGCUUGAUGUUGGAAAGGGUCAUAUCACCACCGAAGUGAAGGGGACAAUGGGAUACUUGGAUCCUGAAUAUUACAUGAGUCAAAAAUUGAAUGAGAAAAGUGAUGUUUACAGCUUUGGGGUGCUAAUGCUGGAACUUGUUACAGGAAAGGCACCGAUUGACAGAGGAAGAUACAUAGUGAGAGAAGUGAGGAAUGCCAUUGAUAGAACACAAGACUUAUAUGGUCUUGAUGAGUUUCUGGACCCAAGUAUCGGACUUGGCUCCGAAUUAAAGGGGUUCGAGAAGUAUGUCGAUUUUUCACUUAGCUGUGUGGAAGAAUCAGGAGUAGAUCGCCCUAGCAUGGGAGAGGUCGUAAAACAGUUCGAAGAGAUACUUCAAAUGGCUGGUUUGAAUCCCUAUAGCGAUUCAACCACCAGUUCCGGGGCAUUUGGUCAUGGAAAUUCACGGCAUCUAUAUGGGGAUGAGUCCCUCUACGGUUAUAGUGGACAACUCCCACGCUGA